GAGUAUUAUCUUUCAUUUGUCAUGUUUCUUCCCAUCAGAACCGAAGAUUCGCUGGAUACGGCACGGGCAAGGGCACCCACCAUAAGGUGACCACCUUCCUAUUCAAUCCCUAGGGCUUGAGGAAUGCCCACGCGCGAUGUUGCCAUUUAUGCCCAAUUUAAAGGGCGGCACUGCCUCCAACUUGUCGGUCUUUCAGAAAGUCUUGUGAGAAUCGAACUUUCUGUCGCAAGUCUAAUCCUCCGGUUUCCAGCGAUAAUAACAUGUCCUUGGCACCUCAGGCCCUCGGAGCUGUAGCCGAUCCCCGCUCCUCGGUAGAGGCGGACAAUAUUGGGAGCUAUGGGAAUCGAGUUCUCCAUACGCUUCAUGACCCCAAUGUUACUUUUGAAGAAUAUUUGCAUUAUGCAAGCGUCUCUCGUGCAGAGGAGAGCGAGCUACCGCCUGCCAAAGGGCCAUUUGGGAACGUAUGGCGUUCGAUCUUCCUCGGCAAGAAAUCCAAAACCCUAGAAGGAAACCCAGCAGAUGGAUCAGUCGUGAACACCAUCGAGCAAAGCCCUGGAGAGAAAGGAGCGAGGGAAAUGGGAGAAAAAGAUACCAAAGCCAGCGACGAGGUCAAUAACUCGUUCAUGGCUCCUGCUUCGGCAGUCACCGAGGAGGAGUGGAAAGAUGCAUCCCGCGCGGCAAGAACGGCGACUUGGGGAGCCGUAUUCUACUUGAUCACGACUGAUAUUCUGGGGCCAUUUUCUGUGCCAUGGGCCUUUACACAGCUUGGAUAUGGACCUGGUAUUGCAUUGUAUACGGUAUUUGGUGGUCUCGCAGUAUAUACUGGAUGGCAGCUAUGGAAAGUCUUCAUCGGACUCGACAGCGAUCGCUACCCGUUGAAAAAUUACGGCGAUAUGGCCUUUCGAGUCUACGGCCCAUGGGCACGAUAUGUUUGCAAUGUUUUGCAAAAUUUCCAGUUCUUUCUGAACGUCGCGCUGCUGAUUAUGACCUACGGAAUCUCAAUUCGCCAACUUUCAAGGCUCCGGCUUUGCUUCAUCGUCUGCCUCAUUGUAUUUACCAUUGCGGGUUUCCUCCUUGGACAAAUCCGAAGUCUGCAGCGUUUCGGAUACGUUGCCAACCUUGCCGUCUGGCUCAACCUCCUUGUCAUAUUCUUCACAAUGGGUGUUGUCGCACACAGCCCCCCCAACUAUGUUGCCGCCCAGCAGACCUACGGCAUCCCACCAAAUCAACCCAUCCAACACACUGCCGGUUCUCCUGCGGGCCUUACCUUCCUUGAUAACAUUAACGGACUCAUGCAAGCCGUCUUUUCCUAUGGUGGCGCCACGCUCUUCUGCGAACUCAUGGCCGAGAUGCGCAAGCCCAAGGACUUUUGGAAGGGUCUCGUCUGCGCCGAAAUGCUCAUCUACGUGUGCUACAUGCUUUUUGGGCUUUUUGUGUACUCUUACCAGGGCCAAUACGCUGCCAAUCCCGCUUUCCAGGGCAUCGACCCCCAGUCGUGGCAAGACGUGGGCAACGCGCUCGGUGUCAUUUCUGCCCUCAUCGCCGCCUGCAUGUACGGCAACAUUGGCAUCAAAGUCCUCUACGCCAAUGUCGGCCAAGAGCUUUUCCACGGCCCUCGUCUUGAAACCCGUAAGGGUCGAUUUAUCUGGACCGCCCUCGUCCCCGUUUACUGGAUUGCCGCCUUCGUCAUUGCCGCCUCCGUGCCCCAGAUUUCCAAUUUCUCCUCCCUUGUAGGCGCUGCAUGUAUCAUGCAGUUUACCUACACGUUCCCCCCGCUUCUCAUGAUCGGCUAUAACACCCAGCGUGAUGCCAUCUUACCGGAAGAAACUUUUGAUCCCGUGACCGGUAGACUCAAUCGCAUCGAUGGCGGUAUCAAGCGCUGGCUCCGUGGUUACCGUCGUCGCUGGCUCCAGAAUACUUGGGAUCUCGUCUUCUUCUUGGGCUCCUGCGCCACGGCCGUCCUCGGAAUCUACGCCAGUGUUGUCUUGCUCAAUGAUGGCUACCAGCAUAAUAAAGGCCAAAAUGUUGUUGCGUUCAACUGCGUCAGUCCCGUUGGAUAGAUUCUUCUUCUUUUCUCUUUCCAUCCCCUUUUUACUUCCCUUCCCCCCUUUUCUCCCCUUUUUUUUUUUUCUCUUUUCGUUUCCUUCACUUCUUCUUCUUCUUCCCCUCUCCUCCAAUCUCUAUUUUUUUUCGUUCUAGAUUCUCUUCCCCCCCUCUUUUAGGGUGAUCAGUUUCUGUAGUAGAUAAGGAUACCGUGGCAGAGUUGUCAUUGUUAACAUGUAUGAUUCACGUUCAUAAGG